GCCCUAGGCCCCUGGGAUGCCCGGCGAGUGAGGCGGCCCCGCCCGAGCUGCGCUCAUGGCGGUGGCCAGGAAGAUCAAAACUUUGCUGACCGUCAACAUCCUGGUGUUCGUGGGCAUCAUCCUUUUCUCGGUGUACUGCCGCCUGCAGGACCGCUCCGAGGCGCUGGUGCAGGUCGUGCGUGGUGCCGACCGCCGGGUGCGCAGUCGGCUCGCAAAGGCGGGUUCGCUGGCCGACCGUGAAGCCAUCCUGCAGCGUCUAGACCACCUGGAGGAGGUGGUCUACAACCAGCUCAAUGGCCUCGCCAAGCCCAUUGGGCUGGUAGAGGGGCCAGGCGGCCUGGGCCAGGGAGGUGUGGCUGCCACCUUGCGGGAUGACAGCCAGGAAACAGAGGGCAAGUUCGAGGAGUUUGGGUACAAUGCGCAGCUCAGCGACCGCAUCUCCCUGGACCGGACUAUCCCUGACUACAGGCCCAAAAGGUGCAAACAGCUGACCUAUUCUGAAGACUUGCCCCAGGUCUCCGUGGUCUUCAUCUUUGUCAAUGAGGCACUCUCAGUCAUUCUGCGCUCUGUGCACAGUGUAGUCAACCACACACCCUCCCAGCUCCUGAAAGAGGUCAUUCUGGUAGAUGACAACAGUGACAAUGUGGAAUUAAAGUUCAACCUGGAUCAGUACGUCCACAAGAGGUACCCAGGCCUUGUGAAAGUCGUGCGAAAUAGCCGGAGAGAAGGCCUGAUCCGUGCACGGCUGCAGGGAUGGAAGGUGGCCACAGCCCCUGUUGUUGGUUUCUUUGAUGCCCAUGUGGAAUUCAACACAGGCUGGGCUGAGCCUGCCCUCACACGGAUCCGGGAGGACCGCCGACGGAUCAUCCUGCCGGCCAUUGACAACAUCAAGUACAGCACAUUUGAGGUGCAGCAAUAUGCCAGUGCUGCUCAUGGCUACAACUGGGGCCUGUGGUGUAUGUACAUCAUCCCCCCUCAGGACUGGCUGGACCGUGGUGAUGAGUCAGCACCCAUCAGGACACCUGCCAUGAUCGGCUGCUCCUUUGUGGUGGACCGGGAGUACUUCAGGGACAUUGGCCUGCUGGACCCGGGCAUGGAGGUUUAUGGUGCAGAAAACAUUGAGCUGGGGAUGCGGGUGUGGCAGUGUGGUGGCAGCAUGGAGGUGCUCCCCUGUUCCCGUGUGGCCCACAUCGAGCGCACCAAGAAGCCAUACAACAACGAUAUUGAUUAUUAUGCCAAGCGCAAUGCACUGCGGGCCGCCGAGGUGUGGAUGGAUGACUUCAAGUCUCAUGUGUACAUGGCCUGGAACAUCCCCAUGACCAACCCAGGAGUGGACUUCGGGGAUGUGUCCGAGAGACUAGCUCUGCGCCAAAGGUUGAAAUGCCGCAGCUUCAGGUGGUACCUAGAAAAUGUGUACCCUGAGAUGAGGAUCUACAACAACACCCUCACGUACGGAGAGGUGAGAAACAGCAAAGCCAGUGGCUACUGCUUGGACCAGGGGGCUGAAGAUGAUGACCGGGCCAUCCUUUACCCCUGCCAUGGCAUGUCCUCACAGCUGGUGCGUUACAGCUCUGAUGGCCUCCUGCAGCUGGGCCCCCUGGGCUCCACUGCCUUCCUGCCUGACUCCAAAUGUCUAGUUGAUGAUGGCCGGGGUCGCACACCUACCUUGAAGAAGUGUGAAGAUGUGGCCAGGCCAACACAGAGACUGUGGGACUUCACCCAGAGUGGCCCCAUUGUGAGUCGAGACACAGGCCGGUGCCUGGAGGUAGAAAUGUCCAAAGACGCAAACUUCGGGCUGCGGCUGGUGGUACAGCGAUGCUCAGGGCAGAAAUGGAUGAUCAGAAAUUGGAUCAAACAUGGGCGACAUUGACCUUCUGCCCCCUACAAACCCUCCACAGACACAGACCCUCUGACAUUUGGGACAGUGUUAGCCAGGCCUUGGACUGGAGCCAGGAUAGACACUUCUCACCCACCCCACAGUUCUAGAGCAGUGCUGGGCCCUGCUCACUUCAGGGCUGGGCCCUGUCACCUGGCACUGUGGAAGUCUGGGGAUAGCGGCAUCAGCCUGCAACAGAUACCAGAUUCCUGGGACAGGUGGCUUUGCAGACAUGUGAGGACAGUGCACGCCCAUGCCGAAUCACGUGCCUUUUCUAUAGUGUUCCCUGAGGGGCUGCAAGGACAGCUUCACUCCCCCCACUCCUCGCAUGUGCUACAGCCCUGUACAUACCCCACACGGAAGCAAACACACCCGUCCAGACCUGAGGAUGGAGCAUCCUCAUGCCUGGCAUCCUGCCUCCUAGCAGGUCAAGGUCUCCCAGUUUGACUGCCCUUCACUAAUCCACUCGGCCUCACUAUAAUCUAGGCACACUCCUGUGGUCUGGGAAGAGAGAAAUGGGAAGAGACCCCAGCCUGGUCUCACUGUGGGCACAUUAGACCUGAAAACAGUGAUGAGCAGCAGAUGCCUGCACCUGUCUUCCUGGGGCUUCCAGAUAGCUAACAGGCGGGCAUCAUUCCAGUACUAACAUCUCAUCAUCAGCCUGGGCUAUAGGUAUCUUGUUUGGUCUGCUAUUUCUGUGGCAGCUCACAUCAAAGAUGCCUCUGGCUCCUCACCUAUUUUAUAAAUAAAGU